GCGGAUAUUGACGCAAUUGCCGUGUAUCGUGUAUCAUAAAAAUAUUAGAUGGAAUAGCCCAAGAUAAUUAUUUAUCAAUGUUCUUUACAUUUGUAAUUACAUAUUAUACAAGUCAGUGUGUGCGAGUUAUUUUUGAAUCGAAAACUGCAUUUGGAGUUGAUUUUAAAAAAUGGUAAAUUUUUUUAACCGUGGCCAUAGAAUUUCAGUAGGAUUUACAUAAUAGUGGAAUGGAGGUUCUCAAUAUACCAAACGGUAUUCAUCAACAUUAACAUUCAACCCUUUCGUCAAAAAUGUUCAUCAAAAUAAAUAAACGAGCGUGGAUCAACUUGUUUAUAUUUGUGAUAUUAAGUGUAACUAUUAUAUUUAUGUUCUCAGACGAUCACGUAACAGAAAUAAGUAUUAAGACAAAUAGUGAAAUAAAAGAGAAACAUGCCAUUAUAUCAUAUACCAUAAAUAAUACGACUAAGACGACUGCUACUAGUACUUCUACAACUACUAAUACUGCUACUGCUACUUCCAUUAGUACUACUCCUAGUGCCGAUAUACACUGCUACAGAGAAACAAGUUUAGCUUCCCUUCCCGAUAUUUCUGAAAUAAGCCCUAGACCAGGGAAGUCAAUUUUCUUCCACGAAACUUCCUGUAAAUCCUUCAACAAAGGCAAAAUUACCAUCAAUUCAAGGCAAGCGUGCGCAGUGGAAAGUGCAGCAAGACUUAAUCCCGAUUUAGAUAUUUAUGUGUUAUACUCCUCUCCAGGUCUUAUCAAAUCCGAAGGAGACGAGUCUGAUAAGUUUCUAAAUGCAUUACAGAGUUACAAGAAUGUGAAAAUAAUGCACUUGGACUAUGGGAAAUAUACCAAAGGAACUCCUGUGGAGGAACUGUACAGCUCUGGAAAGAUAGAAAAGUCCCAGUACGUUGUGUCACACGCAAGUGAUGUUUUAAGAUUUCUAUCUCUCUGGAAAUAUGGUGGAUAUUAUUUCGAUCUCGAUGUAGUACAUUUAAAACCCAUUCAAGAUCUUCCACUUAGUUUUGCUGGAGUCGAAGCUGAUGUUGAUUUGGGUUCUGCAGCUUUAAGUUUUUCCCCGGAUGGAAUUGGACACGAACUGGCUGAACAGUGCCUUGAAGAUUUGAGACAGUCUUUUGAUGGAAAUGCAUGGGCCACUAAUGGUCCUGGUGUAAUUACGAGGGUAUUAAAGAAGCACUGUAACGUAACACAAGCAAGCGACUGGGUAGAUAAAAAAUGUGUAGGUGUAACCAUUUACCCCGCUUCUACGUUUUUUGCAAUUCCAUACCAAAGCAACGAGUUAUUUUUCGACAAGAACUUCUUACCACUAGUUAAGGAUCAAACCAAAGAUAGCUAUAUCUUUCAUGCGUGGAAUAAGUUAAGUGAAGGGCACAAGAUAUCGGUGAAAACAGACGUUCCUUAUUUAUAUUUUGCCAGGAGGUAUUGCACGAAGGUUGUUGCAGCUUGUAACCAAUAUUUUUGAUGUUUUCAGGUUGUGCUUGAGCUUUGCAGCUCGAUUUUUACACAAGAUAUCAGUCAAAUCGAAUUUACCUUAUAUUUUUGCUAAAAAGUAUUGUACAAAGAUUUUUGCAGCUUGUAAUAAAUAUUUUUGAUAUUA